CAGAUUCUUAAGAUAUUUAUUAUAACAUGCAAUGCCAAAAAUACUUCCUGAAAUCUUUUAAAGACUUUGAAUCUUUUUUUAUGAGAUGUCACAGCUAGACGUCUUUAUUUUGCACCUUAUAUUAAUGACAUCUGGUUUCACUACAACAGUGAAUGGAUAUUAUUAUUACAUAACGGAUCAAUGCCUAUACAGUUCCCAUGAUCUCAGUGACAUGGUGUAUUUGCAGUUGUAUGUCUUCAAUAUGGCUUUAGAAAUAAUGUACAACAGCACUCUGGGAAAGUUUAAUGGGUUUAAUGAAGCUGCAAUGAAAACUGCAGAGAACUGGAACCAGAAUGUCCACUUUUCAGAGCAGAUGAAAGCUCAGGUGGAUGCAUACUGCAAACCAAAUGCUCAAUUCUUGGAAACAAAUGUUCAUGACAAAGUCGUCCAACCAAAGGUUAAACUCAAUUUAGUGAAGCAGGCUGAAGGCAAACACCCAGCCAAGUUGAUGUGCAGCGCGUAUGACUUCUACCCAAAUAUAAUCAAACUGACCUGGCUGAGAGAUGGAAAACCUGCCACCUCUGAUGUAACCUCCAUCAUGGAGAUGGCAGAUGGAGACUGGUACUACCAGAUCCACUCCGAGCUGGAGUACACCCCCAAAUAUACAGAGAAGAUAUCCUGUAUUGUGGAGCACCCCAGCAUGUAUAGACCCAUGAUCUAUGACUGGAAUGCCUCUGCAUUUGAGUCUGAUAGAAAUAAGAUUGCUAUCGGGGCUUCUGGCCUGGUGCUGGGAAUCGUCAUAGCAGCUGCUGGACUCAUUUACCACAAGAAGAAAUCAGCAGGGAGGAUGCUUGUACCACAUGUCCAGUAUGACAACUGAAAGAAACUGACAUUUCAUUGAUGUAGAAACACUCACAGUAGAUCUCAUAAUUCAAUGGAACAGUGCUGUAUCAAAUCUGACACCUUUGUUUUGCAAUGAUAAAGAAAUAACUGUGUUGAUGAUAGCAAUAUAGAAUAUAAAAAUCAGUUUUAGUUUUCACAUGCCAUGGUCAAAAUAAUGGUUCGGAUAACAUCUACAAGAUGAGAAGUCUGCUUAGAGUAAGACUGGCUACUUUCGGAUUAUUUUAAGAUUAGAUGUACAUUUCUGCUAGUUAACUCUAAUACUUAAUUUUAUUUAAUUUCAUAUCUACAGUACUAUAAUUUUUAAAAAGCUGUGUGUAAUGAAGGCUCAUCAUCAAAGUCUUAUACAUGGAAAAUCUAAUCUUUGUUUGUUUGUUGACCUAUGAGGAAGUUUCACACACACAAAAAAACCCAGUUAAACUGGAAUGUCCCUGGCUACUGCUGUUUUUAUAACCAACUCAACUAAAGCUGCAUACAUAAAAUGCUCAUGCUGUUAAAUGUGCUUAAGUUUUGAAUAUAUUUUGUAUGUGUUUAUUUUUAAAAACUAGAAAGUAAAGAAAUGUAAUAUGUUUGGUCAUAUAACAUUAUUUUGAUAGCAAGUUGCUAAAGAUAUGACUAUGUUGAAACUUAAUGAGAAUUCUCAAUGCUUAAAUGUUUAAAACAACAUUGUAACGUGUAUUAUAGUUAUAUUACAUUUUCUGUCUUACUGUAGUUCGCUGGUUAGCUAACCUAAUGGACAUAAGGUUUCCUAAAGAGAAUAUGAGGAGGCUUUGGUUUUCCUUAAAUAAAUCCUCAAAUAAUCCAUAA